CUUACAGACUAAUUUUAUAUUCAGUGGUUGGAGAUUACAUAUGGUAUCAUCCGCGCCAACAAUUGAAAGUUUCUGUGAAAGUAGAGACGUAUGUGGUUUGUAGUUACGUUUGCUUGUAUCUAGAAAUACCUGCUUUGACACACAUUGUAUGACGUUUAUACAGUCUUCAUCUUACAGUAAAAAGGCUUUGGACACUGGCAGUGGGGGUGGAGUCUUCCUCAGCAGUGGGAGGAGAAGGAGAGCCUAAGGAGCAGAGAGCAGCUCAGGACUGUGGGGCUCUCCAACUGAGUUGCUGACCGGCUGUUUGUUUACUACCACAGCUGGGGAGGUGGACAGAGGCUGAACGCUUGGACAGAGACCGUGGAGGGGAUCGUAAAGGCUGUUGUGUUCCCGGUAUCAUUGCCAGCUGAUCUAGCAGACCUGCAUUCUGGAUAAAGAGUUUCCAUCAGCUGAGCUGUAGCUGACCGGUGACCCUGAUCCUCAGCCUAAUCCGCUUCUGGGUCAUUACUGAGCUAAUAGUGGUGGCCUGCCUGGGUCUGACGUGAAAUUUGACCCCAAGUGACCCUGUCCCGCAAGUAGCAUUUUACUGAUUCUGGAGUGGGAAAAAGGAAGGAUAAAAGAGCAAGAGGGACGACGGAGAAGAACCGGAGAGGAGCGAGAGCAGCAGCACAGAGACUGCUCCUCCAAUAUGCCGGUGGAGACCCUGCGACCAUCAGACGGCCGUCUGCCUGGAGUUCCCUUCACAUCUGCAAUGCCUUUCAGAUUACUUAACAAGGGUCCGGAUUACUUUCGUCGUCAGCCCGAGCCUGGGACCCGUAAACUGAGUGCAGUAGAGCGCCUGGAGGCUGACAAGGCAAAGUACGUUAAAAGCCAGCAGGUGGCCCUCACCCGCCAGGCCCCCAUCAAGCCACCAAUCAUCCGCAAGCCCCUUGUUCCUCCAGGGAUGAUGCUUCAGUGCCAGAUCAGCAUUCCUCCAGCGCGCAAAGUUCACCGCUGCCCAGCUGAUGUGGAGAAUGGGGGAGGGAGAGAGGGACCAGGAGGGAGAAGAGGACCUGCGCUUAACUUGGGUAUUCUGAAUAAUCUAAUCAAUGAUGUAUGUGAUGGACCAUUGCCGUGUUCCCAGUCCUCUUCCUCCACCUCCCCCUCCUCAUCAUCUCCUUCAUCAGGAGCUAAGAGCAGUGGCAGCAGUCUGUCAGCAGAACAAGAGAGGAGCAGCCGACUCCUCAGCAACCUCAAGCCGUUGAAUCACGGCACCACCUCUUCAUCAACCUCUUCCUGCACGUCCUCUCCACUCAAUAACAAUCUCCGGACACCCACAGCAGAACUCACACGCCGACCACCCCCUGUCCCAGCACGAGCACCCCGCAUUGGGGUUCCAGUGCCCUAUAGCUCGCCCAACUCAGUGACUGUACGCAGAGUGGAUGUUCGGCCUCAGGCUGAGAUAAGAAAACCCCAGAGGGCUCAGCUGCAGCCCCGGCUCAGGCCCAAACAGACAGCCCAGGGCCAAGUUGCACAUCCCCAGGUCCCACCUCCACCACUGCCUCCACCCCCCCAGAACCAACCCCAGCCUCACCCCCAGCUAAACACGCCCUCCCAAGCACUGCCUUCCCCUCCAGCUUACCUGCCGCCCAGUCCAAUGCUUGUUCGAACGGGUGUGAUCCCGCCAGCCUCCCCUGCUUUCACUCGUAUAUCAAACACCAGCUCCAAGGGGUCUGCCCGUAAGCACCCUUCCUUGCACCGCUCCAAGUCAGACCUGAGCGACCGCUACUCACGUGCAACAGCUGAUCUGGAGCGCUUCUUCAACUACUGCGGGCUGGACCCCGAGGAGGUGGAGGGGAUGGGCGGAGUGGAGCGUUUCACAAGAGCCAACUCAGACAUCGUGUCUAUCUCCAAGCUCCGUAGUGUCAGCACGCCCAGCUCGGAGUGCGGGGACGAGGCUGACCAGACGAGGGAGGAAGGAGUAGACGAGAAUGAUGAUGACGGGCCCCCCAGAACCAACGAACGGGUCCCCUACGGCAUCUCCGUCAUCGAGAGGAACGCUCGAGUCAUCAAGUGGCUAUACGGCAUCCGUCAGGCGCGAGAUGCUAACAGCGCCGUCUCCAACGUAUAGAGCUGAAAGGACUUGAGGACUUGAAAGACCUUGGAAGAAUAAACGGGAAAGCAGUACUUUUUGUGUAUAUGUACACACACCUGAAGACUGAAGCCCGUCUGUUCAUCUUCUGCUGCCUUACAUCACACUUAAGGAUAACCCAGUAGUUGUUUCGGUUUCCAGUGAAGACUUUGUUUCAGUGAUUUCCUUUUGAGUCUGGGCUGCCAGUCAGGACCAUUUGUCUAAAUGGAUGAGAGUUUUCCAUUAUCUUUCACUUGAUCUUGUAUCAUAUUGUUGGUAUAUGUAAGCAAUAAUAGACCAUGUAAAUGAUUAUGGUGAGAAUGAAGCCAGAGGAUGUGUGCGAUUGUAGUUCCUCAUAUCAAGGUACUGUGUGUGUGUGUGUGUGUGUGUGUGUGUGUGUGUCAGAGAGCAUGGCAGAACAAAACCAGACUUGAAACUGGCUGCACACAGAGCUAUGAUGUGGUGACUGUUGAGCAAACCAGGAAGAGAAACGUUGAUACUGUGAAACUUCACACAAAAACUUCCAUAAACACAUUUGUAUUUUCAAAAACCUUUCGGCUGCAAGACUGUUAUUGUACAACUUUUCUUUUUUUUUGUCAGCAUGUGUGCAAAACCCUUUGUAUAUGUUUACUUUAGGGCAUGUCAUUGCAACAACACACACAUUACUCACGCAGAUGAUCACGUCAUGGCACAGACGUACGUUCAGAUCAAUUACAGUAAAUAUGGUAGCAACUGGAGUUCUGUAUAUCUGACUGUAACGUUAUCUAGCUGUGUGUGUACAUCUGAAUUAUGGCCCCAUGUCUUGGCUUAUGCUGCACUGGUGCAAUGAAUAAUCUGUUUACUGUGCAUGUCUUGGCACGUAUGAGAGCAAGUGAUGGGGGGUGAUCUCAGAGGUGGACGGUUCAAGUAAGUGUGAUGAAAAAGUUAUUUUGCUUCAGAGUGAAAAUCACAGGAUGUGUAACAGGACGACUGACUAUACUCAUGGAUAAAAAAAAUGUCUAGGGUGUAUAUGCCUGGUUUUGAAAGUGUCUCAGGAAGAUGUACUCUGCAUACUAAUCAAAUGGACCAAUAUUUAUUUGGAAAAUGUAAUUUAAUGUAUUUUUAAUAUUGGACAACUUUGUACAGAAUUCAGUUUUUUUUCUGAUAAAGUGCAAUCUGAAUUCAUCUACUACAAUUCCAGUAUAUGUAGGGUCACAUUUAAACAUGCAAAUACGAGCAGCAAUCACAAUUUUUUAAGAGGCGGUUUAAUGUUUAAUGUGCCUGAAAGAAAGGAGGUCUGUCUUCCCCGUACGAGUUCUCCACCCUGUGCAUCGACUGCCUUGACAUUUUCAGGAUAUUUGAUUGGAGUGCACAGCAGGUUUUUCCUCCCUGUCACAGGUCACAGGUGUGUACAGCAGCACUCUGUUCAGAGGGCUGGAGAACAGCAGUGGUGUGAAGUGUGCUGUUGAAUCUGGCACUGGAUGCCCAAAGUCUACAAGUGAGAGAUCCAGCAUGGUUUGCCAUGGUGUAUUCUAAACAAUCAAUUAAAAAAUGUUAAAACUA